AUCGGGAAGUCAACAAAGGGAACCGACCAUUACUUGCGUCCCAUCACCCGGUGGAGUGGCGGUGGAGGCGGUAAUCGCCGGUACCAUCGCACUGUCCUGCCGGUGUGGGCGGGAGACGGUUGGGAGGGGGGAACAGUUCGUAGAUAAAAUAUAAAUACACGGUAGUACAAACUACAUUAAUUUAUAGGCGAGCAUGUAUAUUAUCAGACGGCGUUGUGUUGUGUUUUAUUUUCUAUGAAUACAUAUUUUUAUGAUGGAAACUGUACAGUGAUGAACUGCAUAAAGUGUUGAUCGGCGAUUCGGUUGUCUGAAAAUCGUCGUAACUCGUAAGUGUCCAUUAGUUACGAUCCGUCUUUAUUGCUAUUAUUGCGUACACAAUUAUUAUGUACCUACCCACGUACGUUCGCAAUAAUAUUAUAAUGUAAAUUAACGUAAAUAAUCGCGUAUAAGUAUCUUGUCUUACGUUCAUUUCUCACGCAUUUGUUUGCUGUUACGAUUACUGGUCUCGAGCAUUUUUAUCCACUAUUACCGCCGGUUAAUUGUAUACCUACUUGGCAAACAAUAGCCGUAUGAAAAUAGGUAUAUCAUUUGAGUGCAGGUAAACGUUAUGAACGAUCUCAGUUAGUUACGAAAAAAACAACGCUGAUGGAAUAUCCAAGUACUGGAUACCGUCUUUUUGUCUUAAAUCAUAAAUUUGUUUGGCUAAGGUCUGCUUGUGUUGACAUUAUGGUAAGUACCUAGAUGAUACCGUCAAAUAAUGUUUGCAAAGUAAUAUAAUGUCUUCAUUGAUUUUUGUCGCCGUAUUUUAACACAUUAAAUUAAACCAUUUGCAAAUUAUAUGUACCUAUUUUUAAUUUCUAAAACCAAGUUUUUCAUGUAUAAUAAAUUGUAGGAGCAUCCACUAGUAUAUACAGUUUUAAUAUAGAUUUAUUAGUUUUAACUAUUCGGUCAUUUAUUCAUAGGAAUACUUUCUUGCAUAUCAAAUAAAUGUUAUUGAAAACCUGGGCCUAAGUUUGAAAUAUAUUUAUUUAUCUAUUUCUUCAUUACAUAUAAUAAUAAAAUACUGUUACAACACUAUGGGGCAUCUUCUUGAUUCAAAUAAAAUAUAGUUAUUGUAUUAAAUCGGUCGCUUGGUUGCCUGAUAAGAAAUUCCCUCUCGGUCAUAAGAAGAAAAUAAAUAAAUAUACAAUUUUUUAAUUCAAUAUUCUAUAGACUUGAACGUAUUCCAUUAAAUAAACAUAAUUAUCAAUCCAAGCUAUAUAUUAUCUAUAGCAGUGGUCUUCAACCGAUGGGUCGCGACCCAUUUUUGGAUCACCUAAGCUUAAAAUUUGGUCAUGGUGAAUUUUCUUUUUAAAAUAAAAAUUAAGUUUAUACAAUUAUAUAAGGUAUACAAAUAAUUGUUUAAUUAUUAAACUUUGAAAAUUAAUAAAUGAAAAUACAAUUUGAAAAUAAUUAUAAUAUAUUAUGUAUAAACAAUAUUAUAUAAUUUAUAUUCAAAAAUAUAAUAGUAUUUUGGAUUUCAAAUCACAGUAUAUGUUUCAUAUACUGGUAUGAUUCUACAUAGUAUGAAAUUAAAUAUAAUAAUUUAAAAGUGAACCGGGCUAGUAAUAAAAUAAAUAUAUUAUAUUAUUAUCGUUAAAGAGUCCUACUAUCUACAAACAUUGUUGAUGUUGUCGCUGUGUUUAAAGACGAAUAAAUGUUAGUCGCGUUAUUAUUCUAUUCAUAUUUACACGUCCGUUAAAAAGUUUUUUUUAUUUUUAUUUCUUCAGUUAUAACAGUACUAUUACAAAGUAUUAAGGAAUUUUAGAUUUUUUUUUUUUGUUUUUCUAAAAACGUUUUUCUUUAUGUAUGCCUUAUGUGGAUCGCGAAUAAUGUACGCCUAAAAAAAUGGGUCGUGAGUCCAAAAAGGUUGAAGACCGUUUGUAUAUACGAUGUAAUCACUAAAUAAUUUCAAUUUAAAUACUAUUAAUAAAAUCAUAAAGGUAUCAAAAAAAAAAAAAUAUACAACUCACAAAUAAUAUUGUUAACUAUUGUAAUAUGAAAUAGCAAAAUAAUAUGUCUAAAGAAUUCGCUAAAAUUCUGAACAAUAAUACAAAUAAUGUAAAAAUCGCUUUUAAGAUUAAUAAUAAUUUAAUCAGACAUAUAAAUAAUAGAACCGAAAACUUCACAAAAAAUCUUCCUUUUGAAAAUGCUAGUAUAUAUAAAUUUAAAUGUAACUGUAAUACAUUUUAUAUAGGUAAGACAAAUUAGAUAAUACAUAAUAACCAAAUAAUUUAUAUUUCUUAACAUGUCUAUGUCUAUUAAUAACUAAUUUUAAAUAUUCUUUCUUAUUAAAAUAAAUUAUUUCCAUAUUUGGUAUUCUUUAUUUAAUUUUUAUAUUCAGUCACAUUUUACAUUUUAACUGUUACACCUGACGAUGAAUUUUUAAUUCGAAAUUGGUCUUUACAUUUAUCAUAAUACUCCAAGCAAUGCAUUUAUAAUAUUUACUUACUAAUUUCUCAUCUGUUAAUUUUGUUAACCUAACCCAUUAUAAUUAAUAUAUUUGUAAUGAUUUCAGUUUACAACAUGUUUGAAUCAUCGUCAUCACAGAUUAAGUUGGACUAUUUUUGUUGAAUUAUCUAAUCAAAUUAGAUUAUUGUUUUAUUACAUUGAACGUAAUCUCUAUUGAAGCUACAUGUCUCAGAAAUUUCAAAUUUGUUUAUCAAAGAAAAGAGGUGAGAAUUUUACUAGUACCUAUAAUAUUGUCAGCUUUUUACCAAAACUCAGUAAUGACAAAUUUUACUGUUUGUGAUAAUGGUGCUAGCGUAAAACAAUUUUUUUUAACAAUUCGCAAGAGACAUUUUAAGGGAGUUUCCUAUUCUAACCUGCUGCAUAUUUAUAGUUUCUUGUUUUCACUAAUGAAUAAAGAUGUAAAUAUAAUGAGCUAAAAUCCAUUAAUAGUUUAGCCAGUUUUUGUAUAUACAAGAGUCAAGAUUAAUGAUAUUUUAAGAAUUAAAUUAUCACACAUUAAUAGUAAUUUAUCCAUAACAAAGAAAUAUAAAAUAAUUGAACUAGUUGUGUUAAAACUGUUAAAACUCACAAUAUUAUAAAUGAAAAAAAAACUUAAAAAAGUAAUCAUUUUCUGAACAUUAACUAACUUCUCGGUUAUUAUCGAGUAUUGGCAAGAAGUUUUGGCAUAUUCUGUGUAGAUUAUAAUAAGUAAUUGGCACGAUUCUAGUUUAGUAACUUAACAAUUUUUAAUAUUUGCUUUUGAGUGUAUAAUAAGAAUUUUAAAAAAAUCGGAUAAACUCCACGUGGAAUUUAUGUAGAAAUAACUUCAAAAAGUACCAUUUUUCCCUAAUGCCCUUCUUUCAAAAAAAAAAUGCUUAGAAUUAAAUAUUUUUAAUACAUUUUUUGCAAUGCUUAAACCAUUGAUAAAAUUAAAAUUCACUUUUCAUAUUUACAUUUAAAGGUUUUGUACAGAAAUCUUGGAAAAUAGUAUUUUAAAAAUUAAACAAACAUUUGGUUUAAGGAAUAGUUGAUAAAUUGCAGAUAUGAUUACCAUUAGCUUCACUUGCUAUCUCUGCUUACCAGCUCAAGUACAACUGUGUGAUAUUCUUUAAUUAAUCAGUAUAUAUAACCUUAAUGAUCUGCAAGUCCAAAUUGAAACUGGUGUAAAAAUUAAUUUCCCAUAAGUGUAAACCUACACUAUAUAAGACUAGGCGUUCAAAUCACCUCUAUGAGCUAAUGUUUGAAUUAGGUUUAUGUACAAAAACUUAAUAAGUGUUCAUUAUAAGUAAGUUUUGGUUUUACUAAUGGAUUGAGCUCUUAAUUAAGCAUAAUACACAUAAAAAAAAAAAUCAAUAGGUUACUAAACUAAAAUUAUGCCUAAAGAUAUAAUUAACUUAUCUUCCCUAGUUAAAAAGCACCAGCUUUCAAAAAUAAUACAAUUUUAAACUAUUCCACCUAUACAGUAUUUUGUCAUUAAAAUCCUUAAAAAUUGUUUACAAGAAUGAAAGAUAUAUGAGGGUGAUCAUAAUUUUAUGUUACACUAAUUUUCUUCUAUAAAUAUACAAAAUAGAGAAAAAUGUAUAGUACCAAAGGUUUUUGAUUUAUAAACAUCUAAAAUAGUGUGUGUAUAUAUAUAUAUAUACAUUUUUAAAAUUUAAGAUUGAGCGUUGUAGGAACAUUUGCUCCACUACUCUUUGUUACCUUACCUAAAAAGUAGAAUUUCUCAUCAACCAGUUAAUAAAAAUAACAAAUUUUAACGCCAAAAUUUAUUUAAACUAAUACUAUCUAUUUAUGCAAUUUUGAAUAUAUGUUCCCAUUUGAAUUUUUAAAAAUUUACCCUUAACCCCCCCCCCCUCACCAAAAAAACAGUUAGUAAAAAAAAAUACAAAUUAUUUUAGAUGUUUAUAAUUAAAACUAAAAUAAAAUUGCUAUAACAUAAAAUUCUGAUCACCUUGUAUAUUAUACAAAGAUUGAUAUCAAAAUUAAACAUAUAAUUAACAUACCUCUUCUAUAUUCUUAAAUAAUUACUAAUUAUUAUAUGUAUAAUAAUAUUAAUUUAAUUUUAAUAUUCUAAACAUGAACAGCGUGGUCUAAUAAGUCUAGAUUUCUGUAUCUUUUGUUAACUUUUGGGAAAUAUUAUGACUAUCCUGGUUUUAGUUUCGAAGUGUUGUAAGAAACAUAUUGGUUUUACAAUGAUGUUUAUUUAUUUUUUUAAUAUUAUUUAUAAACAACUUUUCUACCAGAAAUCUUGCUCCGAAUUUGAAGUGUAGUACUUUUUCUAAAAGGAAAUUUUAUUUGAGUUAUACUUUAAGGAGAUCAUUUUUUAAUUUCCUAAGGGGUUUUCAUAAUAAUGGUUCAUUGUAAUGGUUUUGGUGUACAAAUAUAAAUUAAAUUCCUCUCUAUAUCCUACCUUCCUAAAACUAUUUGUACAUAUAUUUUGUUUAUUAUUUGUAUAUCACUUACUACACCAGUGAGCAAAAUGUGGAUUAUUUAUUAUGUAUACUGUUACCUAUUUUUCAAAUAUCAUGUAAUUGAGCCUGGCUUGUUUAAAAUUAAAAGAAUAAAUGCUGGGUAUACAAUUUAAACGUAGAUGUAAAUUUAAACUAAUUAUUUAAAUGAUCGUUAAAAUUUAAUUUUACACUAAUAUAAUGAAAAUACAAAUUUUGAAUAUUAAAAGAAACUUAUAUUAAAACAAAAUAUUUCAAAAUCAACAUUACUGCAUGUACAGUUUAUUCAUAUAAAGUUGAUUAAUGGUCUUAUAGUAUUACUUACAUUAAGUUGACAAAAUAAUCUUUCAUAUUGAAUAAUUAUAAUCCUAAACAGGGUUACAUAUUGUUGUAAACAACUAUAUAUAGGUAGCCUUUAUUUUUGAAGUUUUUAUUUCUCAUCUUUUCAUAUUUUUGUUACCAUAAGAUAAUUUUGGCUAAAUUUUUUGAUGAUAAUUCAUUAUUCACCCCAUUUGAUGGGUCUCAAAAGAGGGGGCUAUAAAACAGCCAAUUAUCAGAAAAUAUUGAAGCAGAAAACUUUGAAAUUUGAACAAAAAUUGAAAAAUUUGAAAGAACAUGCAAAUUUCAAGUUAUUAUUCCAACACAAUUUUGAAAAAACAAAAAAUAAUAAACCGACAACAUUUCGAAUAUUUUCUAUAAUAAAAAUAUAUAUUAUUUAAUAAAAUAUUAAAGUAAAAAUAAAAUAAAUAAAUGAAUCAAUGUAUCACCAAGAGUAUUAUGAUAAGUGUUAUAAGUAAUAUGAUAAGAUAUUAUUAUUAUUAUUCGACCAGUUUCAAAUUAAAAAUUCAUCAUUAGGUAUAUCACAGUCAAAAUGUAAAAUGUGUCUGAGUAUAAAAAAUUAAAUGAAAGAAAACAAAAAAAAAUAAUUAUACAACUUGGUCAUUUAACAUAAAUUAUAGAAAUAAUUUAUUUUAAUAGGAGAAAUUAUUUAAAAUUAGGUAUUAUUAGACAUAGAUAUGUUAAGAAAUAUAAAUUAUUUGAUUAUUUAUUAUCUAAAAAGUAUUGAUAUAUUAUUUUUAAAAUAGAUUUAGACAUUUAAAAUAUUAUUAAAGUUAUUUUUCAUUUUUUUUAUUGUGUAAUUCUUCUAAAACUGAAUUAAUGUAAAUGUUAUUUUGGGUUUUUAAUAUUUCUAAGUCUGUAUUAAUAUUAAAACUUAUAUUAUGGUUAUUUUCUAAAACAUGUUUAGCAAAAUUUAAAUCGGGGCAAUUUUUUUAAAUUUUAUUUCAGAAAUGUAUUCUUAUUUUAAUUUAUUUCUUUAUUUUAUUUUAUUUUAAAAUUUCUAUGUGUCAUACCUAUAUAAAAUGUAUUGCAAUUACAUUUAAAUUUUUAUAUACCAGCAUUUUCAAAAUAAGGGGGAUUUUUUGUGAAGUUUUUAGUUCUAUUGUUUAUAUGUUUAAUUAAAUUAUAAUUAGUCUUAAAAGCUAUUUUUAUAUUAUUUGUAUUAUUGUUAAGAAUUUUAGUGAAUUUGUUAGAUAUAUUAUUUUGAUAUUUCAUACUACAAUAAUUAACAAAAUUAUUUGGUGAGGUUUGUAUUAUAUUUUCAGCCCAAAUAUUUUUGUUUUGAAAUACUGUUGGGUUGAUUUAUUUUUUUAUUUGUUAUUGCUCAAAAGGGUUUCUAAUUUCCUAACAGGAUAUUUUCAAAGGUUUUUGAAUUAAAUCAAAAUAUAUUUUACUUGGCAUAAAUAUGUGUUAUGCGAUUUACUAUAUCUUAAUAAUAAAUCUAAUAACAAAAAUAACCAAAAUUAAAUAAUUAUACCAGAUUAUAUAAUAUGUUUUUAAAUAUUGUUACAGAAUAAUAUUUAAACUAAAUAAUAAUAAUUAUAUGUUAACUGUUAUUAACAAAUAAAAUUAAAAAUACAAAAAGUGGGUAUGGUACAUUGAUACUAUGAAAAUCUUAUUACUUAAUAUUAAUAUUUUUAAUUAAUAUCUCAGUUUUACCAUCAAUUUAUUUUGUAAUAAAUGUUGUAAUAAAAAUAAUUUUUGUUAUAAAUAAUAAUAACUUUUUUUUUGUCCUUUGUUAGUAUUUUAUUGUACUCUUGUAUUAACUUGAUUUUUGUAAUAUCAUUUAUGUUAGACAACUUUGUUAAAAUAUGAAGUCAUUUAAUGGUGAUUCAAUUGCAAAAAGAUAUUAAAACUAUGCUUCUAGAUAUACUAUCACUAAAACAGUUCUUAUAUUCAUUAAUUCAUUUUUUCUCGGAUAUUAAAUUUAAAUUGUUUUUUGGUACUUACAUAUAUAAGAAUUAUUAUAUAAUAUUUUCUAGAUCCUCUCUAACACUUAUAAUGUAGUAGACCUAGUGUAAUUUCUUCUUUUAUUUUUACUAAAAUUUUCAAAAAAAUAAAUUCAACAAAUGGAUCUCUUAAAAAUGUUCCGAAAAUAAUAAAAUAGUUUUUUUUAAUAAAAAAAAAACUAAUUCACAUCUAAAUAUUUGUAGUCUUCAUUCCUAUGAGUAAUAAAAAAAAAAUCAGAAUCUAGUUAUCUUUAUUAUCUCCGGAGAUAUUUAAGGUAUAUAUCUUCGUACAGCCUGUAUAUAUUUUUGACAAAGCAUCAUUGUCAACUGAACUCACUCUGAAUCGCCUUUUCGUUAUCAAUAGUUUAUCGUUGUUUACAGAUAUACAUUAAAUUCUCUUCUGUAUCCUAUCUCACCAACUUCCCACCUACAACAAUGGCUUUAUUGUAUGUAAUCGUCUUAGUUUUAAGUCUGUUUCUGUUUUUUAAGUUUCCCUAUUCCUUAUUAUUUUAUAGUUAUUACCGAAUAUGUAUAAUAUAAUAUAAUAACGGUGACACCCCAAUUCUCUCGGAGUGAUAAGAUUACAUUAGAAAUAUUUAAAAUUGUAUAUAUUAUGGUUAUCAUCCAACGUAUUUAUGAAUUUGUCAUGGGAGGGUCCAGAAAAUUUUCAGAAUUUAAAGCCGUGGGGGGAUUCGCUCCCACACCCCCCAAUUACUCUUUAUUUUAUAAGUCGAUGUAAAAUGUUUGUAAUACCAUUGCAGCUUAGCGAUCACGCUUAAUGGAAAACUGGAACAUUUAGGAUAAGAUAAUAUUAAAAAUUACCUAUCUACAAAAAUAUCCAAAAACAAAUUACAUAACAUUUUAUUCUAUGAAUACAAAACAAAAUCAAAUUCGCCUAGAACUAAAUAUUAUUUCGUCAAUAAUAGCAUCCACAUUGAGGGGUAUAUCCUGAUGAAUUGACAUCAAUGUCAGUCCAUUUAGCCUAUCCUAAAUACAAAACAAAUUUAAAAUAUAGUUAGGUUAUAAUUUUUAUAAUAAAUAUUUCCAAAAUACAUUACUUCAUUCAUAGUUGAUCUAAGUUUUCAACCUUUUUGAGAUUAAAAAAAGUCUUGUUGGGUAGCUGUUGAUACUGACAAUGUACAAAAAAUUUGAAUUAAAAAAUGUAUGUUUGGAAAAUCUGUAAUCCGUCUUCGAAUAUCUCAUAAGUGCGUCUAAUCCACUUUUAGUAUUAACAUAUCUAUUACUUAUUUUAACUUUCCAAAUUUUUAAUUUUACAAAAGAAUUAUCUCAUUCAACUGGUUGUAAAUAAAAUUAAUUAAUUUUUAUAACACCAGAGUUUGUUCAAUAACCAACAACUCGGUAUUUUUCAACCAUGUUUGAUACCAAAUUAAUAACAAACAAAAAUCAGGAUAUUAAUUAAUAUUUUGAUAACUGAAGCGUCGAAAAACCGAUUAAUCUAUCUAAAAAGAUUUAAAUUCGAUUAAAAUAAUUGCGCAACCCUACUGCUGAUCGUGUACCACUCUCGUAGUCUUGUAGGUUGGUGGUUGGAAAGGUUGGGUACAUAUAGCUCUUUAAUUGAUAACUGUAUCUGGCUGAUUAAACAAAUAUUAAAUAUAUUUUAAAAUGCCGUAGUUAUUACAGUUUUCGUAAAAAAUUGAUUUUAAAACACUCUUAAAACAAAGUACUAUAUUAUGAUAUUCUUUUUUUUUACCCAGUUAAACUUAUAAUGAAUUUUAUCUUAAAUUUUCAACCAUUUCAGUUUAAUUAACCAGUUGGAAAAAUUUUACAUUUAUAGCAGGUAGACUUGGUGAGCUACUAUAUUUUAGAUUUGGCAAAAGGAAAACCCCUAUUUAACACCACUAUUUUAAAUUAUUUUCAACUAUAUUAUUAUCUUUUUCUCACAGUUAAAAAUUUAAAUUUCUAUGUUCGUUAUAAUCUAUUUAUGUUGACGGCACUUUUGAAUACUAUGCAAAGCAAUCUGUAUCACAUUAUUUAAAAAAAAAUUAAUAAUUAUUUAACUCAUUUGUAUUAGUUAUAUAUUUGAGUAUAUUUAAAAUUAUAUAUUACUGUGUUAUACAUUUGUGGCCUAAUCUCCGGUUUUUUUAAAAAAAAAACUUUUUAUUUGUAGCCCUGGGUAAUAAAAUGUAGCUCAAUUCCUGACCGCCCAAACAGUUUUAUAACCAUUAAACCCAAUAUAAGCUCGACAAUGCCAAAUGCCUAUAAAUAGCAAAAAUAAAAAGACAUCCUAGAAUAAUGGGGAUGGGUGUAGCUACUGUUAUAGGUAAUUUAAUUUAUACCUGUUAGCAACGAUAAACCAAUGUUAACGACAAGACGAUUCUGAACGGAGUUCAGUUGAUAGUGAUGCCUUGUUUACAAUAUUUACAUAUUUCAUAUUAUAGUAUUAAAUAGGGUUUCUAUAUUUUCUUUAAUAAUAUUUGUUUAAUGUUGUACCGAUUUUUCCUACAUUUUCUCGGUAUUCCCAUGUUUUUUACAUUCGCUGGGCAGAGACGUAUUCAUAAAUUUGGCGCCCGGGUUCUAAUGUGUUUUCACCAACCGAGCACGUUGGCGCUUACUUUCCGGUGACUACUCUUCAUAUUUAUCCUUUUUAGAACAAAGUUAGUAAAAAAAGAAAGCAGAUUUUAAACUAAUAAUAAAUUAAAUUAUCUAAAUAAUUUAAAUUUUUUUAAUUAUUAUCCACUAUAAUUACAAAACAAUAAAUAUUUGCGAUUUACAUUUUUUUUUUUUUUUUUUAUUCAUAAGCUUUAAAGGAAUUAAACUCAUCGAUUAUGUCAUCAUACUCUUAACUUUUUGUAAUGUCUGAUUCGAUGUUAAAUAUGGCGAUAUUGUUUAGUCGUUCAUCAGUCAUUUUCGACAGCAAAUAACUUUUAAUUCGUUUUAGUGCAUUAAACAAUCGCUCUGAAAAGUAGUUUGACACAGGACAACAUAGAUACAUUCUUAGAGCAAUAUUUAUGUAUGGGUAUAUGUCUUCAAAUCCUUUAUUUUUAAAUGUUACACACAUAUCUAAAAUUUAGGUAACUGUUCCUUAGGUAAGGUAUGUAAAUGGCUACGAAAGUGUAUACAUUCAUUUGAAAAUGUUAAAUCUAGAUCCAUUGAAUGGUGCCCAAAAAACAAUAAGAAUGUGGAAAUGUAGACAUAUGAAUGUGGUACAGUAGUAUAGAAAAUUCACAAUUCAUUGUUUUCUAUAUUUAAUAAGUGAUAACUGUUUAAACAGUGUCGCCGUAAUACUGUGAAUAUAACUGAUUUCUAAAUUAUUUUCAUGUUGCUCAGACACAGCUAAAGAUAAUAUAUAGUUCUAUUAUCUAUAAAUCUUGUCUAUACUCUAUGGCUUUGCCAGGUGUUACAAUCUUAGAAUAUUAUCGAUUUAUAUUAUUUUUCAUUUUCAUUAAUAGAAGAUUGGUUUUGUAAAAAUCUAACGCCGCCCGGGGUGAUCGCCUCCUCCUAAAUACGUCACUGUCGCUGGGAAAACUCUUCAAAAUUGAAAAAUAAUCGCCUUAAAGUACCUUCCCAGUCAGAUUUUCUUUUAGAAAAAGUGCUAUCAUUGUAAAUCGGAGCAAAAUUACUGGUAAAAAAGUUGUCCACAGAAAAAAUAACCGUAAUAUUUUACAUAUAUUUCGUACAUUUUCCCGUUUUUCCUCUGUUUUUUUUUUUCGGCUUUUCAUAUUUGUUGAGAAAACCAAAAUUGACCUCCUUAAAUUAUUUCCUCAGUCUGAUUGCCUUUUAGAAAAAAAGCUACACCAAUCGGAGCAAGAUUUCUGCUAGAAAAGUUGUCCACAGAAAAGAAAACAUCUUUAUAAAAAUAUAAGCUUCUUCAAAUCAUUCAAUUUUUUUUCUUACCACUAGGCACUAAGUUUGAUUAUUUGAAUUAUUUUUGUAAAUAUUCCCGUACUUUCUACGUAUUUUUCGGUUUGACACAAUUAUUUAUUUAUAAAACUACAAAACAAAUAAAAAUAACGACGUUCUUGGUCACCAAAUAAAUUAAAAUUUGAACAAAUUGAUCAUUGUAGUUUUUCUAUUGGAGCAAUAUUUCUAGUAGAAAACCUAUAUCAUAAAAAAUGUAUAAUAAUGAAAUCGUAACGCCGUAAAUUUGUCAGUUUUCAUUUAUAUUUUUUCCGGUUUUUCCUAAUUCUUAAUAAAACUAUAAAGAAAAUCAAAAACUGCUUUCUUUAACAGUGGCUAUAUGUAUAUAAAAAGGAAGAAAAUCGAUAUCUUGUUAUUUUUCGAUUGGAGCAAUAUUUCUAGUAGAAACAUCGUGAACAAAUAUUAAAAACGGUAAUGCCGCGGCGUGCCCUGAAUAUUUGCCUGUUUACCUAUAAUUUUCUUUCGGGUUUUUUCUAAUUAUUUUGAAAACUCUUAGGAAAAUCCAAAAAAUUACCCUUUUAUUGAAUCUUCUAGAGAAAGUGUAUUUUCAGAAAAGAUACAAUACAAUACAAUACAUCAAAUGAUUCAAAUUUCUUCAUUAAUUUACUGAUCACUGUACUGUACAACUAGCCUUAACACUGCUUAUUGUAGGUACAGAAGUGUUCAAUAAAGUAUAGUAUUUAUCAGAAUACUUGGGUGACAGACGGAAAUUUUAACAAUGGUUUAAAAUAUUAUGGUGGAAAUAAAAUUAGUUACGAUGGUGACGACAACUCAUCCUGUUUCGAUUAGACGUAUAAUAAUUUAAGUUGGUAGUACUUAUUAUCGGGUCACUUGGCUAUCCAUUUUCGGUAGGAAUUGUGAGGCUGUGGUUGUUUUCCUGAGUAGUAGUGAAUUUUUGCAGUGGGUGUUGUUCUCGGUAAUCGAUAGAGCGAAAUGGCCCGGGAUAACUUUUACUCUCAAUACCAUAUUAUCUAUUAUAUACUUAUAUAUUUACUAUGCUAUAUUGAUCGAAUUUUCUGUGACGCAUGUGCAGAGUGAAAACGAGGUCAAUGGGAGUGGUUUCCUAUAAAAUCAUUAAGCAAAGUAUGGGAUUUGGAAGCCCGGGCGGGCCCUUACAGCUAACUUUCGGCAGUCAUUUACUGUAGCUACUACGCGAAUAACCUUUUUUAUUUUCCAUCACACUUUUUUUUCAGUUACAACAAUAAAUUAACAUCAACCUUUACCUUCAAUACUUCCGCAACGUUUAUUUUCAGUUGGUGUUAACUAAUUUUAUUCACGUUGUUCACAAUAUUACUUAGUUUAAUACCUUCAUACCAUUUUUCGUAGCCUUGUUAUUUAUUGAACUAUAAACCAUAAAACACAAUUUUUUUUCAACAUACUUUCUUACCUUUAAUAUUCAAAUAUUUAAAAUGGAUCACGAUAAUCUAAUCCCAGUAUAUGUAUUUAUAGUAAUAUUUUUCAUAAUAUGUUUUUUUAUUAUUUUAUACAUACUCCUGUUAAAGUGCUUUAAUAUGUAUUUGUCAUUGUGGAACAGACCAAUAUUUUUCUGAACGUUAGUUUUUUUCUGUGGGUCGCAUACAUCAUUGUCAUCGUCGUAAAACCCGUAUUCAACGCGAAUAAUUGAGUUUUCAUACACUAAGAAAAAGCCAUCAACAGCGUAGAUAAUGUGGAGCACAGGUCAGAACUACUCAAAAAUCGUGAGCCUGCAAGAAUUAUUAAUACCACCCACAAAAGGUAUUUGUCAUCGAGCUGCACGUGAGUCAUUCACUGAAUUGGUGAUUUAUGAAGCAUUAGAUGACACAACAACCAAUGAUACGAUUUUAAACGUUCUUAAACAAUACGAUACCUUAUUUUUUACAUUAAUCAGUUUAUGGUUGUUGUUUAACAUAUUAGUGUUUAUAGUGGCUAGUAUCUAUAGGGCUUGUACGAGACCAGCGCCGAUAAAUGAGUAUGAUAAUAAUUUUCAGACCGUGUUACUCAUUAUAGAAACCGAAUAUAGGUCGUCGUCGCCAUUGUAUGUUAUCAUAACUUACCGCCCCUGCUAAUAUACAAUUUUUUUUUGUCAUUUUUUUAAAAUGACAAGUUCACACAUGCUUUUUUCUCUUUACUCGUGCCUUCAUUAACUACAACUGCAGCAACAACAUAAUAUUGUUAUUAAGAAAGAAUAGACAGAUUAAGACCAGUCCGGAAGAAAUUUAACUAUUGUGGCCCAUAUCACAUCAUAUAUCAUGUAUAUUUUGUCAAAAAAAAUCCUAUCCGCCCCUUUUGUUUCUCACCAGUUGUAAUUUAUAUUGCUUACGUAUUUGUUACGUACUUUUUCAGAAAUAAUUAGAUCAACUCUAGUUAUUGUCACUGCUAUAUUAUUAUAAUAUUGUGACUUCAAAGACGAGAAUCUCAUGGAUCAUUGUCAUCUUAAUAUGCAAUCACGAUCACCGCUGUUACGACAAUCACUGCAAAUAGUUUUGUAAGUGUAUUUUUAUGUAUUAUAUUGUUGUACUAAAAUACAUGGUGAAUACUCAAAUCAGCAAUUCAUACCUUAAAUAAAAUCAAACAAAUAAGAGUAUGUGCAUAGGAGAACGAUGUAACUGCAGAAGAAAAAAAUAUUACAAGUGGAAACAAAUUUGUAAAAAAUAUUUACUUCAUGUUCUUAAUAAGUUGGUAAAUUAUCGCAUUUGGACUGCUUCUAACUGAAAUUAUUUGCUCUUUUGUUUUUUCCUUUAUCAUUGCAAAUUUUAAUUGUUUUUAAACUCUAAAAUAAUAUGUAAGAUAAUGAAUUCUAUUAUAUAUCAACGAAAAAGAAAUAAUUUUGUACAGCAAUUGCUAUCUAAAUCUAACUAAACCACCAAUACUGUUACACGAGUUAAAUCUGAUCGCCAGUCACAUUUAACUUCUAUCUUAAUAACACUAUUACUACAAAUAUUUAUUAAUUUAAUCACCACUGUACAUACUUUCAACGUUCAUUAGACGUCACUGUCACAUGUAAAUCAAACAACGAAGAAAACAAAACUAUGGCUACAGAUCUUCAUACCACGGAAGCAAUUGGUCGUCGUGGUAUUUUGAACGGUUUAGUUACAGCAGCAACAAAAACUUGGCGACAUGGUCAACAUAACGGUCACACCUCAAAUGCUGUAGUAUUCCCUACCAUUACUACGGCAAUUAAUACCAGUCCAGCCUGCCGGACUCCCACCACAAACAGCAUCUCCGUCAUGGAAGAACAGCGCCGACGACUGGAGCUACAGCAAAAUCAGGAUCGUAGGCUCAAUGUACUUUGGUAUGGUGGGGACGACAUACACCAGCAGCAACAACAAACCACUCUACUUUUUGAAUCCCAUCACAACCGAUCUCAUCAGCCUACAACAGAUGAUUGGGAAAAACAACCGUUACGAAAACAACGAAAAUCGGAACAAUCACGACGUCAACGAAAUCUUGAAAAUAGGCGACCUACCGAACCAAUCGUAUGGGCUACCAUAUUACACACUAUAUAUGCGGCGUCCAUGGCUGCGGUAUACUACACGUUUGAUAUAACCUCCGGUAGUGGAUGGAUAUGGAUGAGAGGCAUACUCAACAAUAGCGAUAGCCAUUUGCAAAGAUGGUUAUGCCAUUUUUCACCUGCUUGGUAUUAUGUCGCCCAAUCAUGUUGUGCGUUCACUAUUGGUUGUUUAUGGUAUAGGUGGUUCUUUCAGCGACAACAACAACAAUUACAACACCGAUGGUGGUGCUACGUGCUACUUGUAUUGUUUACCACUGCUCUGUUACCGUCUGUACCGCUGGUUGAAGUCUUUAGUGGCAAAAUCAGUACUACAGCGAAGACAGCUCCGUUGUUAGAAAAUUUAACUGCAAAACAAGUAACCAGCCAUUCUGAUACUGUAGGGAACCUGCAUGACAAUCAUUUGAUCUUAUAUGAAGGCCUAUGGCAAAUAAUGUUUUUUAUAUUCAUCGCAUAUUGCUUUGUAUUGCCCAUACCUGACAACGUCAAAUCGUACAACAAAAUUAACAUUGACCACCGAAACAAUAAUACAAAAAACUUUCAAGAAAAUGAUGCAAAAGAUAAUGUUACAAAGGCAGUGCUGCUUUUUACAGUCGGUAUUUCCUUCGCAUAUACCGCUCUAAAUGCAUACACCGCAUAUUGCUGGUAUUAUCAUCACUAUUCACAACAAAAUAAUUUGAUGGAACCUAUCAAACAGGUUUGUAUUACCAGUAAAGAACUGUGUAUACUACUUAUACAGAGUAUCCUAUAGAUGAUCUGCUGCUUAAAAUAACUUGUUCUAUUCAAUAAUUUUGUUAUAUUUAUUGUUUUUAAAAUAAUUAGUGUGCCUGUGGGCUACAGUUUAUAUAUAAACAUUUAAUUUUUUUUUUUUUUUUUUUUUUUUUAGAGAGAGAAUGAAAACAAAAAAUUCAAAAUAGCUAUUUUGUGGAAUAGAUUUUUAGAAAAAUGUUGGUGGUUGAAAUUAUUGUUAAAAUAUGGUAUUCUAUUUGGGUACAAUAUUAAUGAGUUAUUAGUCGGGCACUUGACAAGGAUUUUCUUUUUCAUGAAUUAAUAUCAUAAUAAUAUUAUCAUAUUAAAGAUAUUAGGUAGUAAGUAAAUGGUCAUUAAUGUUGAUAAACAAUAUUGUUAUGAUUAAAAAGAAAAUUCUUCACAUUUUCAAAAAAAUCUAUUUUAUAAAAUGCCUAAUUUGAAUUUUUUUAAAAAAAUGACUGAAUUAGAAUUUUAAAUUUCUUAUUUUAAGUCCCCCUACUCAUUAAAAAAAACGUAUAUAUCAAAAAUAUUGAAUAGAAUAAAAGUAAUUUCAAGUGGCAGAUCAUCUGGGACACCCUGUAAAUUAUAAAAUAUUAAUGUAAUGUUAUUUAUUUAUUUUUAUUGAAUUUGCUUAAUGUUAAUAGCAACUUGUAGCCAACGUGGUAGCCCUAAUAUGUAUCAACCUGACUGGGUGGCUAUUACGCCAACACGUAGUUUUUGUCCGAUUGGAUAUUGGUGAUUUUUAUGAUAUUGAUAAGUUCAAUCAAAAAAACAAUGCAUUGCAUUUAGCAUUGCGAUUGCAAGCAGAAAAGUUUGUGAGUACAUUAUUAUAUUUCAUUUAACUUCUAACUAAAUCUACAGAUAAUAAUAAUAAUGUUAAAUUUAUAAUAGUUUGUAUGUAUUAAAUUUGUAUUUAUUGCACUUUAAAUAGUUAUUUAUUUAUUUAUCUAUAUGUUUUUAUUUACAAUUUCACUAUAAAAUUAUGAAUACAUAUUUUAUUGAUAAUAUAAAUUUACCUUUCCUUCAGAUUUUUAUUAUAUACAUAGAUUUAACAUGUUUUUAUAUACAUGUUUAUGAAUAUUCUAUGACUUAUGUGUGAAAAGCAUUCAAAAAAUUCUGAAUGAUUGACUGUUUCAUAGCAAAUAACCUAUAUCUUUAAUUUAAGUCUUAAUCUGAAAAAUGUGUUGUCCCUAAUUUGAUUUCAUUUACAUUUUAUUAAUAUAAUGUCAAAAUAUUUGUUACUUUAUAUUGGCCAAUGUAAUAUGUAUCUUAUAUUUCAAUAUUUUUUUGUUUAAUUUUAUUUUCAGUAGGUAACAUAUAAAUGUAUUGAAUCCCACAUCUAUUAAAUCCUAUACUAGGGCUUUAGAAUUUAAUUUUAAAAUACACUGGUAAUUUAAAUGUUUUAUUUAUAUUUUACCUAGAAUCGACUUCUGACAUCUUUGGUACCCAAGCGUGUAUUUUUGGAAAUGAAAAAUGACAUUUUAGCAGACGCCGCCCGUUCCUAUUAUUAUUAUUCUAAUUCUAAUGAUAAAGACUAUAAACAUGAGCUGCAUUUACAAAUGCCACAGGAUAUGCAGCUGCUCAUUCCUAUGAAUCCAAAAAUGUAUCUAAAAGAAUACGAAAAUGUAAGUGUAGUGUAUGCUAAAAUGUCUGGGUUCUGGUACAACACAUUGCCAGUUGUAUGUCAUGGUGGAGCAAGCUCUCAAUCCUCUCGGCAAGUUAUUACGCUUAUUGAUCAACUAUUUGUAAAUCUAUUUAAUGGACUGGCUCAUCGCAAUCAUUGCCUCCCAAUAUGCCUACUCGGCCAACGUAUAGUGUUUGUUGCCGGAUUACCAGCUGAAGAGAGCUAUAUAAAUGAUGAUGAUGCAUAUGAUAACAGUAAAUGGAAGGACACUAGGCAUGCCAAAGAUGCUAUCCAAAUGGGACUGGACUUAAUAAAUGCCAUCAAGUAAGUGGUCAACUAAAUUGAAUAACUAAAUUGAGUAGUUCCAGCCCAAACUAGCUACUGAUGAUUAGGUCUACUUCUGGUCAGACUGAUUUUUUUAAAUAUCUUAAUAGCUUCUCUGCAAUAUAUUCAAUCAUUUAAAAAAAAAUCCGCAUGACCAUCGGAUGUGUAGUUUCAAAGUCAAUCCAUGACAAAAAUGUAAAGUUUUGCUUUUAUACAUUUUAUAUAAUUGUAUUGCAAUAUAAUAAUAACUUACUAAUAAUAAAACAAUUUAAAAUAAUGAAGUGAUUUUCUAGUUGCUAGUAAUUUAGUUAAAUUGUUAUUUCUAAAAAAUAUAACUGUCCGAUUACCUAAUAGAAUUAAAUACAGUUUACAUAUAUAACUGUUGUAUCUUAUUUUUGUUCUAUUGUCUAGAAGUCAAGGAAAAUUAUGUAUUAAAAAAUAAUCAAUAAUGCUAUACAAAAAAUGUUUUUAAAUCAUGAAAAUACAUUAAUUAUUCUUGGAAAUGGCUAGAAAGGCAUUUUAAUAUUUAAAUUUUGUAAUGUUAAAUUUAGUUUUUGAUGAACUAUGUAUGUGCUAGAGUACUAUGAAAAAGUCAUGCAAAUUUGUAGGGAUAGUACUAUUUAUGGUUUUUUUUCAACUGACGAUUGGUUUCAAACUAAUCAUUUCAAUAUUUGAUAAUUAAAUUUAAAACCAGCAAUUAAUAUUAUAUAUUCUUAAAUCCUAUAAUGUCUCUGCUUCAGUUAGUAUUGAUAUGCCCUAAUAUAAUGUGUAACAACAUCCAUUUUAUAAUUUACAAAUUUAUCACAUGUACUCAAAAUAUUAAAUGUAUUUUAUUAAUAAUCUUAAUAAUAAUAUUGUAUAAAAUAGUAAGGUGGUUCAUGAUGUCAGUCGAAGCCGCUAUGGUCACAAAAUUGAUUUAAAUAUUCGUGUUGGCAUUCACUCUGGCCGGGUAACAUGUGGCGUGCUGGGUUUCACGGGUGGAUUGAGUACCCAUUCUAACUUGGGGAGUCGUUGGAAGUACGACAUAUGGGGCCAUGAUGUUCAAGUGACAUCCAGUGUUGAGUCAAGUGGUCGUCCAGGACGAGUACAUGUUAGUCAGACUACAGUUGACUGGGUCGCUAAAAAUGGAGUUAUUGCCAAUUCGGUCAUCAACCAACAUCCACCAAGAUGCAAUUUUCACAAUGAUACUGUCAAUUACAAUCCCGAACCUAAUGUCAACAAAGAGGAUUACACUUUUGAAUGUAAUGAAGAACUCAGAGACCAGUUCCUCCUACAAAAUCAUAUUAAUACAUAUUUUGUAGUACCUGAUGUAAUAGUAAGUAUACUACAUUCUACAGUUAAACACUAUCAAUAGUUUUGUUACAAACCUUCUAAAUUGAAUAAUUUAUAUAUAUUUCGUGUAAAUUCAGUGUACAAAUUCAGAAAUUAAGGAGUAUCAAAAUCAAGUGAGAAAUCAUGGAUAUAAUGAUGAAAAUUAUUCAGGAGAAGAUACAAACAUAGUAUCAUUAAUACUACAAUCCGUAGAACACCAACUGCAAGCAGAAAAAACACACCGGUGUCAAUAUCUUACUGUCAAUUCCUCACAGGAAAUUAAGAUGACAUCAGAACAUUUAUUAUCAACCACUACAGGGGUUGUUGAUUUGCCAAUAACAACCGCUGCUUUAAUUACUGCUCCUGUAACAGCUAUGAUGAUAAUGAAUCGUCACAGGCGCAGUAAAUAUGAGCAAGAGCCUUUACAGUCUGUCACAACAAUACCUAACACUUGCUCAACUGUCAAAACUACAAUGGUACUAUUUUGUAGUAUUUAAUAACGAUUUUAAAUUAAUAUGUAUUUAUUGUGGUACCAUUGAAUUUACUUACAUAGUAUAUUCCAUUUUUUAUGCACCACUAAAUAUCAAAGCCUAGAUUGAAAUGUUGUUUUAACUAUUACCCAAAACACACACAUUUGAAAAAUAAGCCAAAAAAAGCACAAAUCAGUGAUACUCCCAGAGCAUAUUGAUAAUUGGUUUAUUUUAUCUAAACCUAACCUAACCUUCCUAGAUUAUUAACUAAAUCUAAUCUUAAUGCUCUUGUUAUAUGUUUUAUAAUAAAACUUAUUUACUCUUAAUUAUCUUUACUGCCACACAAAUGAUCCACUACUCUCCUCUAACCCAAUCUUAAAAGUGGAAUAUCUCAUCAUUGGACUAAUGAAAAUCAAAAAUUUCAAUACUAAAAUUUAUUUUAACCAAUACUUCAUCUAUUUAUGGAAUUUUUUAUUAUAGGCUGCCAUUUGAAAAUCAAAAGUAAGAAGUUGUUUUACCCCCAAAAAUAAGGGUGAUAAAAAAAUAACAUAAAUAUAAAAUUGUAGAGCAACUUGUUUCUUAAAUAUUCUAGAAAAUAAAUUGCGGAAAAAGUAAAUACUUUUCGAGAUAACGAGUGUCUUAUGAUAGAUUGCUAGUAUUCCAGACAGGAAAAUAAAAAUAUGCUAUUUUUAUCUGUUAUAAUAAGUUUUUGUGAUUCUUAGAUAUUUUAGUUAAAAGUUCAACCACUGAUGGAUGUAUGUGCAAUACUAAUUAUUUUUUUUUAAACAAUAACUCAUUUUUGUCACACAAUACUAGUCUCAAUUUUUUAAAGUAAUUUUAGUCCAUUAAUAAUUAUAACCCUAAAACUUAACAUACCUCAUAUAGUAUAGUAUACAUAAGUAUAAUUUGUAUUACCAAAUUUAAAAUAGCUAGCUGUAACUCAGUUAAAUUAAGGUUUCAUAAAUGAAUCAAAGUAUUUUUAAAUAUUUAUUUAUUUAAAUCUUAUAAUAAAGAGAUUGCUAUUUUGUAUAAAAAUAAAAACCUAGGAGUAUUACCCAAAAGGUGUGGAUUGUUUUACAGUUAAAGUUAAAAAAUUUAAUUUUCCUAAUAUGUUUAUUUCAGCCCUUUAAUCUAAGAUUAUCAGGCAGUGAUAUUUAUGGAGCAAAUUGUAUAUGAAAUUUUAAUUCUUCUUAUAAAUGUAUACAUGUGUGUUAUUUAUGUUAGGUGCCUAGCAGCCGAUGGGAAGAUGAUGUGUUUAAGAACUAUGACCACAAUUUUACAAAUGUGUCAGCUGAUAAUGAUCUCUUUAGACUUGCAAUAGCUCACCUACUGCUUUUAUGUGUUGUUAUUGCCCUGUUUGUAGUGAAUAUGACCACAAUGCCAUGGACCCUACUACUGGGGAUUACCUUUAUAAUACCAUUUGUCAUUAUCUCUGUAAGUUUUCUUCAUCCAAUUUAAUUAUAAUUUUUAAAAAUAUUCUAAAUUAAUUUAUUAUGUUAUAAAUACAAUAUUAUUUAUAUGCAUAAAGGGUGAACUGAUUUAUGUGAUGGCCCUGUUAAUCGAUUGGAUCCCACUGCCAAAGGUUCAUAGCAAUACCUAUACAACUGCAAUUAUUACUGAUGAUAAUGACUAUUAUCAACACUAUGACAGCGACCACUACAGUGAUAAUAGUUACAGCAGCCAUAGCAGUGUUGGCUGCUUAAGACAUAUAAUAGAUUGCUGUUGCCCCAAUAGAUGUUUAUUAUUGACUUGGUUUUUCAAACCAUUUCAAUGGCUAAAUAAUUCCAUUAUAACAACAGAGAAUACAUUAGAUGAUAAUAACAGUCGUCGAUGGUGGUUUAUACCCAGUUUCUGUCAUAGUGAUCAUAGAUGGCCCACAUGGUGUUUGAACAAUAAUAGCAGGUCUUCUUGGAUAUCCUCUGAUGAGAGUGACAUUGAAAACAGGCCUGGCUUUCGAAAUGAAAAUGCUAUAUUAGCUUCAACAUCAGGUUUAUCAUCAUCUCAACAUCUACAAAACCGGUUACAACAUUCACAGACAAUUAACAUUAAUAGAAGAAGUCACAAAACUAGUAGUCGAAAUAAGAGAAGACCUAAGCGAAAUUAUCAGGAUGAAAUGAGGUGCACUGGAUUCUUUUGGCUAAGUGCAUGUUGUGAAAUGUUUGUUGUGCUACUUGUGUGCUUAUUAGCACUAUUAAAUGCUGUAAGUGUUAUUAUUAUUAUAUUUUAUCUAGGAUUUUUUUUUUUUUUUAAUUUGUAUCAUGUGUAUCUUAUUAAAAUAUUUGUAUGCAGUUUACUUGUGAACCUGUGAUAAUAACUGCAACAGACCACACCUUUAAUGAAAGCAUUAGUGGAUUUCAUACUCCAUCAGUCAAUUCCUCGCGACAACAACAGCAUCAUAGUCCAUUGACUUGUCAAUGGCCUCAGUACGCCAUAAUCACUUGCUGCCUAGCAUGUUUGUCAAUAGCAAUAGCCUUUCCCAUCUACUACGGCUCACUACCAACAUUGUGGAUGAAAUUUAUAGUGCUGUUUUUCAUGAUAUGUGUGUUUCCUAUAACAUUUAUUCAUUUUACACACCGACAUAUUUUUAUGGCUGCCUCAGUGAUGUCUGUGUCAUCAGCAUGUUGUGACACAAAUACAUGCCAAGAACAUAUUGGAGAUGAACAAUUACAGUUAGUACAAUCAUUAUUCUAUUUAGAUUAUUAUUCACUUAAUUCCUGUGAUUAAAUAAACAAUUGGUUUUUUUUUUUUUAGAUUCCAAGCAAAGUGAGAAAUACUGGGUGUUUUUUUUUUUUUUUUUUUUCAUGAACCCGCAAUUAUCUCUAAGGAUUUUAAGUGAAUUUGUUUUCUGUUUUUUUUUUUUUAAUCAAUAGAACCUUAUUUUAAAACCAUUUUUAAUUUUAUACCCCUACUCCAUAUACCCUAAAUAAGUGCAUACUUUUGAUUUUAAAAUAAGAACCUCUCCCCCUUCUUUUGAACACUGAUUUGAAUAGAGAAUAUUUUUCUAGAAAUGUUGAUUGAUAUAUAUAUAUAUAACACUAAUAUUAGAUUUACCAUUUAUGAGUUAUAAUAAUUUAAAGUUUAGACCAGAGGAGUAGGUUAGGGUAAUAAGUUGUCUAUCUGUGACCCUUUUCUACUCCAAUAGGAGGGAGGUUCAAAAUGGGGAGUGUUUCAUAUUUUAAAAUCAAAAAUAUGCAUUUAUUUAAGGUAUAUAGAGUAAGGAUAAAAAAUUAAAAAUGAUUUUAAAAUAAAGCUCAAAGGAUUCCAUAAUACUCAGAAGAAAACAAAAAUCUAAUUCACUUAAAAUCUUUUGAGAUAAUUGCUAGUUCGUGAUAAAAAAAAAUCCUGUAUAUUGAUUUUACUAUGAUGUGUAGUUUUUUUUUUCUAUUUGUUAACAACUUUUCUACCAGAAAUCUUGUACUAAUCAUAAACUGUUGGGAUGAUUUCUGGUAGCAAAUGUCAUUCAAUUGGUUUAUUAGAGAGGUUAUUUAUUGAAUUUCCUUGCAGUUUUCUUAAUAGUUUAGAAGACCAUAUAAAAAUCCGAAAAGUUAAUAAGUUUCAUUAUUUUCUAUUUUUGUUUUUUUUUAUUAUGAUUUGGUUAGAUUAUAAUUAUCUUUAAUUACAAUUAUUAUAAAUACCAGAAAUAUCCUCAAAAUAUUUAUAUUGGUCUUUUCUAGUUAUGGUAAAAAUCAAAACAUUCUGUCAAUUUUUGAGCUUUUUCUAUAAGUAUUUUAAAUUUUCGAAUUUUUCAGUGUACAUAUGUAUGCAUAUAUUUAUAUAUUACGCAUACAAAUGUAAAUGCUACAUUAUGAAAUAUACACAUAGUCAGUUAGACUUAUGUAGACGUUUUUAAGGUAUCAUUCUGUACUAGGUUUUUUUUUUCAACUUUGGAUGGUUUAAAAAUAAUUUUGAUAGACUCCAUUCAUCCCUAUCCAUCACUGCUACUUUUAGUUCCUUGUAUUUCUUCCUAUAUCUCUUAUGAUUUGUUUCAUAAAUGGAGUACUUGGUCUACAUCAUCUUGCUUCUCCCCUCUUAAUUGUCAUCAAUUUAUCAUUUAUCAUUUUAUGUCCAAUCCGCUUAUUUCUUCUUUCUAUUAUUGUUUCUACAGUAUUUUUCGCUUGUUCAUUCUUGUGUAUAUUUCUUGAUUUUUGACUUUCUCUAUUCAAGACAUUUUCAGUGUUAUUAUGUCUCAUAUUAUAUUCAAUAUUAUGUUGGUGGCAAAUUACUUAUAUUCAGAUGUACAUUCCUUUAUAUGUGUAGGGCCCAAAAUCGAGAGCUACAGCAACAGAGUGGGAAUUUAAUGAUUGUGACAGCUACCAUGUAUGUGAUAAUAUUCACUAUAGCUAUACUAAUCUACUCCAUUUACACACAUUAUCUAAAAAACCGACAAGCCAACCUCAAGGUUAAGGUCAGUAUUUGUACAAAUGAGUUGUAAUGUUAUAAUUGAUGGCUGAUUUACUUUAGGUCAUUAACAAUUGUUUUUUUUUUUGUUUCUUUUAUUUUAUAUUCAGAUUGAUCGUGAUAUGAGAAGGCUAAAUGUGUUGCGUGUUGCUCACCGGCGAACUUUACAUACCAUCAUACCUGACCACGUAGCUGAUUUAUUACGAAAAACCUACAGUGGUGAUGCUAAUGAUUCUGAUGAAGGAUGUAAUGAUACUUGGAAUAAGCAAUCCAGGAUUACUAAUUCUCAGCCAGAACCCAUUGUUGUCAAUGUAAGCAAACUAAAUUAAGCAAGUCUAAAUUAUUAAAUUAUUUUGUACUUUUGUUACUGUUAUCAGAAUUGUCAAAGUGAAGAACAUAUUCAAACACAUAUGUUUUCUCCACUUUAUCACCGGAAUUAUCAAUCAAUAGUUGUUAUAUUUGCAUCUAUAAUACGUGAACAAUUCUUGUUCACCACCACCACGAGCAGUGAAUUAAAUGAAUGCAGAAGUGAUCAGCACCAUCAACAGCUUUUAUCACUUCAUGAAAUCUUCAUUGAAUUUGAUAGAGUAAUUUGUAUACUAAUAUUAAUUAUAUUACAAUAAUAUUAUUAAAUUUUUUUUUUUUUCUAUAUAAUUAGUUGCUUGAAAAUGAAAAAUUCAGAGGUCUAGUAGAAAAAAUAAAAAUGGUUGGCACUAACACAUACAUGGCGGUUGUGGGUCUGCAAAGACCAGAGCAUUUGCUACUAAUGCAAAAAGAAGAGGUUAGACAAAGAAUAAAGAGAGUAAAUUGUUCAAUGGAUAACAACACCAGUGAUAGAGAUAAUGAGUUUGGACUAUGUGAUGUCACAUCAGCAAAUUAUGUGAUAUUUGCAUUAGAUUUUGUUCGAGAAAUGCGGCGAGCAUUACAUCAGUUGCAAACGGCACCAAUAAAAUCAGAUUAUCAUUUACAUUUACGGCCAACACAAUUCACCCUUAGAGUUGGUUAGUAUACCUAAUUUAUUAAAUAUUAAUAAUUUGCAAAAGAGAAAUUUAGUUGUAAAAAAAGAAGAUACUUUACAUUAUGAAUGUAAGAUAGAAGUUCCAAAGGUGAAGUAAUAAUAUAUAAGAUUAGUUUAUAUAUUCUGUAGUUCUAUAUUCAGGGACAAAUGACAAUUUUCUGACAAAUAAAAAACAUUUCUGAGCAAAUUUUGGUUAAACAUGUGUUAGAAAUUAUAGUAAUUUGUAACUGCAAAAUAAACACAAUUAUUGUCAUUAUUUUUAUCAUUUUUAUGAAGCCAAAAUAGUUGUAUCUGAAAAUAUAGUCCAUAAAAUUCAGUGAUUUUUACAAUUUAUAUAUACAUCCAUUCCAAAACCAUAAACAGUGAAUUUUAUAAAAAAUAAAAUUAAACAUAAUUACAAAUUUAAUAUAAACUAAGUACAAUAAAUUAAUCAAUCAAUAAAUGUCAUUAUUAAUCAAAACUUCUUCUAAUAUAAUAAUAAAUUGUAAUCCCCAAAAGAAAGGUUAGUAUUAGGUAGACCUUUAAGUGCUGUUUUAUCUGAAAUUUACAUGCAAAAUUAUGAAAUCAAUAAUAUUAUUAACAACAAAAUAUACAGUACAUAUAUAAAAGCAUAUUAUAGAUAUGUUAAUGACACGUUCAAUUUAUUUAGACAUUCAAAUAGACAAGCAGAAAAUUUAGUUAACUACUUAAACAAAAUAAUUAAAAAUUUUCAAUUUACACUCAAAAUGCAAAUAAAUAAUAAAUUAAAUUUCUUAUAUCUUACAGUUUUCAUAAUAAACAAUAAAUUUGAUUUUAGUAUUUACAGGUAAACCUACAUAAACUGAUGCAAUAAUACCACAUGUUUCUAAUUAACAUUAUUCUCAAAAAAUACAAUUUUUUACUUCAGUAUUCCAUAGGCUUGAAAGUAAUCCAUUAAAUAAACAUAAUUAUCAACACGAGCUUAAUAUUAUCUAUAAUAUAGCCCAUAGAAAUAAUUUCAAUUUCAAUACUAUUGAAAAAAUGCAAACAUGUUAAAGAAAAAAUAAUACACAACUCAUCAAAUAAUGUUGUUAACUUUUGUAGUAUAAAAUAUCAAAAUAAUUUCUCUAAUAAAUUGGCUAAAUUUCUGAACAAUAAUACAAAAAAUGUAAAAAUAGCUUUUAAGAUUAAUAAUAUUUAAUCAGACAUAAAAACAAUCUAAUUAAAAAUUUCACAAAAAAUCCCCCUUCUUUUAAAAAUGCUGGUAUAUAUAAACUUAAAUGUACCUGUAUUAAAUUUUGUAUAGGUAAGACAAAUAGAAAUUUUAAAAUAAUUAUUAUAUAAAGGAAAUUUCAGAAAUAAAAUUAAAAAAGAUUGCCCCUAAUUAUAAUUUUGCUAAACAUGUUUUAAAAAAAUUUAAUACCAAAAUAACGUUUACAUUAAUUCAAUUUUAGAAUUAUUACACAUACACAAUGAAAUGAAGAAAGAUAAUUUUAAUAAUAUUUUAUAUGUACAAACCGAUUUUAAAAAAAAAUAUUAUAUAUCAAUACAUUUUACAUAAUAAAUAAUAACCAAAUAAUUUAUAUUUCUCAACAUAUCUAUGUUCUAAAAAUAACUAAUUUUGUAAUCUAUCCAUUAAAAAAUCCCCCCUAUUAAAAUAAAUUAUUUCUAUGUAAAAGACCAAUUUGUAUAAUUUUUUCACUAUGUAUUCUUUCAUUUAUUUGUUUUCAUUUUCAGUCAGUUUAAUUUUUGACUUUGUGAUUUUACCUAAUGAUGAAUUUUUAAUUCGAAAAUCGUGAUAUAAUAAAAGUUUCAUAAUAUUAUAAUACUGUAGACAACACAUUCAUUUAUUUACUUAUUUAUUUAUGAGUAUUAAUCAGUUAGUAAUUUUGUUUUUACUUUAUUAUAAAAAAAUAUUAAACAUAUAUUUAAACGCCUUGCUUAUAAAAUGAACUAAUUAAAAAGUAAAUUUAGAAGUAUUUAUAAAAAUAUUUUCUUGUACAUAUAACAACAUAUCUUAUACAUUAAGUUGUGAAAGCACCCUUAUGUAUAUUUGUGCUAUUCUUUCUUCAAUUAUUAUUUUAUUUAUUUCAUAUUUGCUAAAAACAUCACAUGCUUAAAUAUAUGUUUUCAUCAUUUACUCUAUUUUAAUUAAUUUUAAUAUUAUCAUGAUAUAUGUGAGUACAAAUAUUUUUAUGAACACUAUUAUAGCAUGGUUUUAUUUUUUUUAUCAUUUUUUAUCAUGUAGUGGAAAAUUUUUAUUGUAUGUGGUGUUUUUGAUAGUUUGACAGUUUUUCCCAAAAAAUUUAUAAGGUGAAAAUCGUUUUUUUACCCCCUUUGAAAAUAAAAAAAUAUCUGAUAAAUGGUUGGUUCAUAUUUUUUUUUAGUUAAUUUUUAGUUAGUUUUUUCAAGUUAAGUAAUAAUUAUAUAAUAAGAAUAAUUUUAGAAUAUUUUAAAAAUUGUUAAAAGUAAUAAUUUAUUUGCUGAAAUUGAAAGGUCUCUAGAAUUAUUUUCUAAAUGAAUAAUCACAAAAAAGAAAAGACUUAAAUCAAAAGUAAUAGAAAUCCCCUUAAUAUUAUUAUUCUAAAUUUGUGUUCUUUCUGGUACAAAAGUUAUUUAUAAGAGAAAAUAUCACAGUUAUAAUAAAUCCAAUACAUUUCUUACAAAAUCUAACACAAAUUAUGUGAUAUAUAUAUAUAUAUAUAUAUAUAUAUUAAAUAAAUUAAAACAGUAUGUACUUUUUGUAUAUGCCUACAGGACUAAAUGUUGGACCAGCCAUCGCUGGAUUAAUUGGCUGCAAUGAUGAAAUCUGGAAGCGGCCGCAAUUCGAUAUUUGGGGCAGUACAGUGAACACAGCUAGACAAAUGGACACCACUGGCUUACCAGGUAGUACACAGGUAACAAACUGUGUAGUAGAAGUGAUGAAAUCUGUAAAAGAUUCUGAAUAUGAGUUUGAAAUCCGAACUCAAACCCUACACAAAGAUUAUAAAAGACGUACUUAUUUUGUGCGUGAACAUUUUCAACGCCAUGAAGGUCAUCAGUAUAUGACUCAGCAGCAGCAACAGAUAUCCAACUAUUAUCAGCAGCAACACAGACGAAUAGCUAUGGGUCAGAAAACUUACCAUCACCUACCAACUGAUUCGAACCAACAACAGUGGUUCAAAAAUCAGACAGCAGUACAACCGACUCCACAUAAUAAUAUCCACCGUACAAUAAAACAACAGUCAGAAUGUGAUCAGCCGUCAUCACCGCUAAUACAGCACACACAGCACUCUUAUUAUGCCAAAGCACCACAAGAGGUCAGAUAUAAAUGUGUCGAACCACAAAACUCUCCACCACCACCACCUUCACGUAGCACACCACCAUCCAACAUGCGUAGGAAACAACAAUCCCAGCACUAUCCAAUGCCACAACAACAAUGUAACGAAGAAGGAGAUUGGCAUUCAGACCAACUGAAACGAUCACGAGGUAAGCCAUUCCUUUUUUCUUAUCCUCAUACUCUUAUUUCUGCCUAUAGGCAUCCAAAAAGAAGAGUACAUAUAAAAAUAUGUACUUGUUCAUUAAUUAUUAUUAUCAUUCAAAAGAUAAAAGUUAGUUUCACAUCAAUUUUUCUGGUAAAUAAUUAACUAAACACAAAUAUAAAUAUUAAGUUAUAAAUUACAUUACAUUGAGUACCUCAGUAGUCAGUCAAUAAUUAUUUAAAAUACUUGAAAAUUAUAAUAAGCUCAUUUAUUAAUGUAAGCUAUUAUUUUAAACAAUUUUCUCUAUUAUUAUCAUCCAUAUAGGUAUGAGUUGAAGUUUUUUUUUAUUGGUAAAUAUUCAUCAUUAUUUGUAAAAUAACACAAGUACAUAUUAUAAAACUAGUUUUGAAAUUAAGUAUCUACUCAAUUUCAUUUGUAUACCAGUUUCGUUAGUUAUUAAUAUAAAAUAUGUCUUAUAAAAUCAAUUCUAUCAAUAAAUAAUAAUGUCUACAAUAAUUUUAUAAUUAAGACCUCAAUAUUUUCUUGUGAAAAAUUAACUUGGAACCUUAAAAAUUGUAUAUUAUUAGUUAUUUUCCUGUUGAUACAGCUGCAAGUAUUCAACUUUCCAAUGACAAUAAACAACAGUAUUAUCCAAUCCGACGGACGCCUGAUGCAAACCCCAAACCCAUAACCACAUACGCCCGCCCACUGCAACAACAGAAAAACAAUCCGCACACUUCACCAUCUGGUUCAACGCAACCGGUUCCCCAUGGCCUUGUUUUGUUAUUUGGUGAUGAUUCACAACAGCCAUCAUCAUCAUCGAAAAAUGAACCAACUAUUACUAAUAUUGUUAAAUCAAAUAAGUUUAUCUCUAGUCAUGCGGCUGCUAGUGCAACGACUCGUCAUGUUCAACAGCAACUAUCACAACCCCGCCGACCAAACAUUUUAGCCCUUCGGAACACUACUGCUGGAGCGCCAGCAAUAACGCCCAAGAAGUUUGAUGCAGAUAGGCCAUUGCCGGCACCACCACGCUCCUCCGACACUGUAGCCGGUAGGCAACGAAACCAUCAUGACCCUCGACGUCGACGCCGACCACAUAAUCAACCAUCAACAACGCCAACCACCAAAGAACUGCAGAAUCCUGUCUCACCUGAUAUUAUUAACACUGGUUUGGAUCCAGUAGCAUGGAUAUCGUCAUCAGCAUUUCGGUCACCGAUCAGUGCAGAAACAUUCGUCAGCACAUCAUCCAUUGCUUCGUCAUUGUCAUCAUCCGGAUCCACUGAUGCUGGUGGUACGACUACUUCUAAUAACAAUUACAAUACUACCACCACGGCAUCGUCAUCUGACAACGAUGAUAGUUAUGGUCGCACGGCUACAGAAGAUGGUGGUGGCAUCGAUCGAGUAGAUAUCGAAGAAUUUGACACUGCUACAUCUUCAGUAGCACUUUCACCUGUCCAUCAACAACAACAUUUACUACUACGUCAAUGGUCUCCGUCAACGACGACGGCUAACUCGUCUCCCGUCAGGCGAUCGUCAUCUUUUCGGUCACCUUUGUCUGGCGGCGACAUUACUGUCGCCUCUUCAUCCUCAUUGCGGUCCCCCCCCAUAGUGGGAAAUUCCACCUCUACUGGUUUUGGCGGCACACAGUCAUUAAAUCGACGUAGGAAGUGCUCUAGCAAUGGUACUUCUGGUGUUGGUGGUAGCAGUUCCAGUCGCCGUCGGAGACGCCGCCAACAACUACCACAAAAUCAUGCUCCCACAAUAGCAGGACGAUCAUCAUCGCCAUCCAGUGCUGCACCAGAAAUUAUGACUAUUGCAGCAACAAGUGACAGAUAUGAAACGCCACCAUUGUCUCCUUGGAAAAAACAACAAAGACGACAAAUAUGUAAAGACCAAGGAACAAGUUGUGCUGCUCCAGGCCCAGAUUUUACUGAUGAGAUUCGGCGUAUUUUGCUUUUAGACAAACAUACUGGUGACCUUAACGAUGACAAAAAGUUAGUAUUUAGAAUUAGCAUUACCAUUUUAAUAAGAUAUAUUAUUAAGAAUGUUAGGUUAGUUAAACAAAAUUCCUAAUUUAUACAAAUUGAGUUAGUUAUUAUAAUAAAUCAAUACAAUUAUAAGUUAUUUUUUUUUUUAAAUUGAAUACAUUUGCAAUAUAAUUAAUUUAAAAGUUAUUCAUUAAAAUUAAUAACAUAAGUUAAAAAAAAAACAGACAUACUUCCUAUAAUGUGUGAGCCACUGUUGUGAUAAGUUGGGAUGGUAAAGGAAAAAUUGAAUGUAUAUCUGUACUCAAAGUAUAAUUAUUACCAACAAAAACAAUUCUAAGCAGAGUUCAAUUAUAUAUGUUAUGAAACACCAUAAUGUUUAUAAUUUGAAAGUAAUAAAUUUCGUAAAUUUACCUGUUUUUUAUACAGUUUUACCAGUUCUUUCAUUCAAUUUGAAAACCCUUUAUGUACCACCCCAGAAAUUCAAAAUUCCUUUCAGAAAAGGUACUACAUUUGAAAUCAAAUCAAAAUUUUUAGUAGAAAAGUUGUUCACAGAAAACAAAACAUCACUGUAAAACCAACACAUUCCUCACUCUGCUCAUUUGCUCAUUUUGCUCUGCAAAUUAAACUAUAUCAUUUUGUCAAAUUGCUACUUAAUUUUCUAUUGAUUUUUUCUUAACACUUUUUUGCAAUACUUAUUUAUUAUAGAAUCAUAAAUUUUAAAUAAUAAUGUUUAUUAUUUUGAAAUUAUAAAAUUUCAACACCUGCUAUUUUAAAAAUAUUUUUGGUUCAUAGAUAUCUCAUCUUUUAUGGAAAAAUGUUUAUCUCUCUUCAUUAAAAAGUUUGAACAAUGAAUUUUAAUAUCAAGAAUUUGAUGUAGAGAAAGUUUUAAUUUUUGAUUUACAUAAUGUGUAUUUUAAUUAAAUGUAUUUAUCACAUAACCUGCUCAAAAAAUCCCUGUACAUAACAUUAGAUUCUGGGCUUUCAUCAACAUUACUUCCAUUCCUAAAUUAUUUUAUUUUUACUUUAAAAAAUAUAACAAAACCAUGUGCUAGGUAUUACAAAAACAAACCAUUCAAAAUGUAAAUACCUUUAUCUUAGGUUUCAUUUGAUAAUCUGUGUUUAAUGUAAUGAUGACAUUUUGAUAACAAAUCAUCAAUAUUCUUAACACAUUUGUUUUAUUAGAAAUUGGAGUAUACAUUUUAAAAAAAAUACCAAAUUAACUGAAUUUUAAGUUACUUUUUUAUUUUUAAUGCUUUAGAUUAGAAUAAUAUUAUGUGUAUUCAAAACAACACUUUUGUUAUUUUAAAGUUGGAUAAUCAUUCAGAAUUUAAACUUACUGAUUAACUUUAAAAUUACCAAUACAAGUAAAUGAUAAAUUUAAUUCUAAUUUAUUAACUUUAUUUAGUCUUAGCAUUAUUGGUGUGUUAACCUGGUAAAAAUGGUUAUUGAUAAAUACUGACUCUACUUAUAUUACUAUCAGUUCUUAUAAAUAUAAAAUAAUAAUAUCAUGUUGUUAUUCAACCUAUACUUCAUAAUAUUAAUUUGAGUAUUAUCUAUAUGUUUUUAUUUUAUUUUUGAACAAACUAGUGCUUGCAUUUCUAAUGAUUGUGAUACAAAUAAAAUUAAUAAGACGAUAACAAUUAAUAUUGUAACAGGAAAAUUGUGGGUGAAGUUGUUGAACAAUUAUCAUUAGAAAAACAUGGAUCCAUAGCAGUUGGGACAACUGUCAAAAGUCCCAAACUUGACAAAUAUGAUGAUGAAAGUAAUCAAAAAAAUGAGAAAAACAUUGAAAUUGAGAAACCAAUAGUUACAACAAUCCCAAUGACUACUACAACAAAUGUAUCUUCAGCUUCAUCAUUUGAGGAACGUGAAAGACAAAUCACAGAACAAGUUAAACGACAGGUAUGAAAAAAUUAAUUUUUUAUUUUAUUGCAUGAUCAUAAAAUUGAUAGCUUUCACCUAUAAAAUUAACUAGGUUUUCAGCCAAUUAUUACUACCCAAUAAAUGAAAAUAUUGUAGCUUAUAAUUUGUUAAAAAUAUGGAUAAAUCAAACACCUGAUUUAUUAUAAAUCAAUCCACAUGUGUACAUGAAAGUUGUUUUUUUGUUAUUAUUAUUAUUUUUGCAUAUUGUGUAUAUUAUUAUUAGACAUUAAAUAUGUUGUAGCAAGCUGAAGUAAGACGAAUACUACAGGAGCAUAAAAAUAAUGUUGUGUCCGUUGUCAGAGGAGGAGCAGCAAUUACAACUGAAGUGGCUAUACAUAGACACCAAAAACGAGUUACUGCAACAACAGAAGAAUUUUCAGAGUGGAGUGAUGAUGAAUCAGUUGAUCCAUUAUCAGCAUUAAUGGAUAACAGCUACCGGGAACAAUGUAUUGAAUUUACAAAAAAUGCAAAUGAUUUUGAAGUCAAUAGAAGUUUAGUAACAGCCAAUACUGAUUACACAGUCGGUGUUGACUGUGAUGGAUAUACAACUGGUGGUGAUGGUGAUGGAUACACUACUACUGGGUAUACAACCGAUGAAGCUGCAGCUACUGCUGACACAGGAAUGGAGAUUGUAUAUGCCACAGCUGCUGAUUCCUCAAUCACAUCUAUAGCUCAACAUCUUGAUGAUAAUCUGUCCACCAUGAAUGAUACUGGACUAACAGACGCUGAAGGUCUUAAUAUUUUCCACAACCUUAUUAAAUUUAGUUUAAAUUUCUACUCAUAGAUAAUGAUCACAUAAAUGAGCCAUACCCAGUACACAUUAAAGAGUGAUGAAAUAAAUAUUCAUUACCACACAGUAUUUAUAUCAUAACUGGUAUCAAGUAUUAUUAUCUUUAGACUAGAAAAAAAUUUUAAAUCUUUGAUACAACAUUUUAUGUUAGGUAAAAUAUGAUUAGAUAAAAUUAUUAAAAAAAAUAAAAGUGAGACAUUAUCAUACAGUCCAAAUUAAACAUUAAUUCAAGUUUAAAAGGUUCAUCUCUUAGUUUUUAUAUUAAGGAGCCUAUGUAUAACAAGAAAAACUUACAUGCCUCAUAGAAAUAUCUUGAAAAGAAUUAGAAACAUUUUUUUUUUUAUUGCAAAGAAGAAAACUUUGUACUUUUAUUUUCUAAUAAAAAAGUAUGUUCAAAAAGUUCCAAGAUCAGUCAGCUGGAUAUCAUUGGCUUCUGUAAUUUCUAAGCACAGUUUUUAUAGAUUAUCUAUAAGUUUUUUUUUUUUUUUUGAUGUCAUUGAUGUUUUUGCAAAAAUUAUUUUCAUAUUCAGUGAUUUUGUAAGAGGAAUUAAGGAUUAAAAGGAUUUUUUGAAAACAGAGUUUGUUGGAGGAGGUUUUUCCUUUUCUUUGUGGACAAAAUCUUAGUUGAUAGAGGAAUGCAAUCUUUCACACGACUUAUACUAACAAAUUGUAACUAAAAAACUGCAGAUGUACGAAAUCAAAAUUCAGAUUUGUCAAAAACUUUAUGGUAUAACUAUAUGAUAAUACACAUUUUUUGACAUUAUAAUAAUAAUCAUAACCUAUAUAAUUAUUUAAUCAUCAAAACGAAAAAAAAAUCUGCUUUAACCUUCCCCUCCCAAAAAAAAAAAAAAUAAUAAAAAUAAAGUUAUCAAGUUAAUUUUUAGGAUUCAUUACAGAAAUUGUUAAAUCCGAAAAACAUAUUUUACAUAAACAUAAGUCAAAAUAAAGAAAGUUAUAGACAAUUUGUAAAAACAAAUGUCCGCAAGAGAAAUCACAGAAAUAAUAUCAGUCAAAUAAUUCUGACACUUUUUGAACAGAUCUCGUAUGUAUCCAAAAACUUCAACAAUUAGUUUUAAAAAAAGGUAAAAGUUGGUCAUAUUCUAACUCAAGAGCAUUUAGAAAUAUAAUUUUCAAAAUACAAGUCCAACAAUCUAUGUGAAUAGUUUUCUUCUUUAAACAUAACAAAAUGUUCAAAAUCUGUUAACUUUACAAGGCAUUAGUUUUGUGUUGCAUGUUAUUGAGCAAAAUAAACAGUUUGCAGGUCCCUAAAAUUAAACAAAUAAUAUUAUAUUUAGUGUAGUCUGAAUUUAGUGUAACAAAAUACCAGAAUUCUAUUAAAAAAUUGUUGAUGCAAUUUAAAUUGAAAAUUAUAUUAAUUUAUUACUAAAAAGAGUAAUUUACAAUUAUUUGUUUUUUACAAAAUGUGUUCAUACAUUUUAACUUAAAAUGCUUAAAAUAAAUAUAGACAUUAUACACAACUUAUUUUUUCACCACUAAUUACAUAUUAUGAAGAAUCUUAUGUCAAAUUUGUGAUCAUUUUUACAGGCUAUAUAAAUUUAAUUGAUUUAAAAAUAGAAUGCAAUAUAUUUUUGAUUUUUAAAAUUGUUAUCGAAAUCUGAACUUCAGACUCAUAAAAAAUAAAAACAUGCCUACAGAUUUUUGAUAUACUUAUAUUUUCAAAUGAACAACAUUUGUUUCAAAUUGUUGGAUAUUUUUAUAAAUCCAAAAUAAUUAUAUACACAAAACUUAAAAUCUUAGCAAUUUCAAAUAGAUAUAAACAUCUCAUAAAUCAACAGAAUAUUUCCAAAAUUGUAUUAUACUUAUUAAGCUUAAACUGAGAUGAUUUGGGCAUAUCAUGAGAAAAGAAGAAUCAGAAGCCUAAUGGAAAGUACGAAAGGAGAUGAUAGAAAGACUAAAAAAAGGUAGCCAGAUACAAUUGUGAAUAUGAGAAAAGUCUGUUUAUGCGAGGUGGGUCAAGUAGAUGCUUAGGAUGAAGGUGGUUGACUUCAAAUAGUUGGGAUGAAGUGAAGAAAAAGAAGAUAUCAUAAUUAAUAAAUUUUAAUAUUUAAAUUUGGUUUACAUUUCACAUCUUUAUGAUUAAUUUUUAAUAAAUUAUUAAAAAAAAUUGAUUUUAACACAAACUGUUGUUCUGUAAUAUUAAUUUUGUUAUUUUUCCUAGUAUAAUGCAUAUAUUUACUAUAGUAAUUUAAUUUAUGUCUAUUGUAGGUGCACUAAGUGAUGUCAAUUCAAUGAUAUAUUAUAAUGAUCAUAAUGAAAAACAACAUUAUGGGAGCCGUCGUCAAAGCAGUUUAAGUAGUCGAUAUGCAAGUGAUAGCUAUUGUGAUGAUGAUGAUGAUGAUGACGAUGAUGAUUAUUUCAAUGACAACAAUGCAUUAUUUUUCCGAAACAAAUACAAUGGAGGAGAAGAAGAAUUUGGUUUGUGUGAUGAUGAUGGUAGUGGAUACAAUCUCAAUAAUCUUUUGCAGCAACAACUAUCAUCAAUACCAGAUAAUGCUUGUUCUGAUUACAAUAAAACGUAAAUAUAUGUUUUAUAAAUGUUAUUAAUACUUUUAUUAAUUUGUUUAUAAUUAUUUAUCAAACAUUUUUUAUUUUAAAUAUUUUUUUAAAUGUUUAUAUGUACAAUUAUAGAUUGUAUGUAUCCCAAACAAAAGAAACUGAACAAUCUACACUACCAUUAUCUUCUAGUACCAAAGACAGUAACCAGAAACCUCUUACUGCAUCUGAGGAAACUGCCAUAAUCUCUAGAAGACCAAGUACUGCAGUCACUACUACUUUAACAAAUAAUAAUAGUAGCAACACUCACAUAUCUGCCGCUACUACUAAUACUACUACUACUAAAAAUAUUGACCAAGAUGAACAACUUCAAAUGUCCACCAACACUCUGAAGGAUAAUUUAAAUUCAUCUUAAGAACAAAACCAGAUGCAUUGAAAAAUGUAUGUUUAUUCAAAUUGCAUUGCAAUUUAAGAUUUAUUUUGGUAUAUUUAAUAAAUUAAAAUUCUUUGCAAGUUAUAAAAACUAUUAAUUUAAAUAUACCAAACAUACUUAAAUGUGCACAUUUCAAUGCAUAGAACAAUUUACAGUAUUGUAAACUUUACAUCAAUUACUGAGUACUGUUAAAAAUAUAAGGAACUGAACGAAUUAGUAUUUUAAGCAACCCUCAUAAUCAAAUGAGAGUUUAAUAAUAAGAAUUAAAUUUAAGGAAAUAUAUUAAUUAUAAAAGCAACAUUAAUUAUAAGGUAACUUUUAAUUUUAAGAGCAACAUUAAUUAUAAGGCAACUUUUAAUUUUAAGAGCAACAUUAAUUAUAAGGCAACUUUUAAUUUUAAGAGCAACAUUUAAUUUUAAGGGCAACAUAUUAAUAAAAACACAAAAAAAAAGUAAACAUUUAUGUUUUCAUUUAUUAUUUACAUAAAGUUGUAAAUUGUACUGUCUGCUACAAUUUAAUAACAAAUUAUUUGUGAACGAUGUACAAUGUACAUGAUUGGUCAUAAUAAUUAACAUUUAUUGCCAACCACACUUCUGUGCCGUCUUCUAAAUGGAUUCCACAACCAUGUGUUUAUCUUGUUGGUAGUGUCCAAUCCUUCAUUGUCUCCAUUUGCACUAGGUCGCCUUUGUCGUCUUUGUUUGGUGGUAAGCUGUGGCAAAAGCUGAGGUGGCAAUGGUGGUGACCCAGAUAAAUUCAUCACCACUGCUGGUGUUCUCCUCCGAGGAUACAUCUACA